AUGACUUCGCGACUCAAAUCAGCAAUUUUACGUCAUACUAACUCAAUAAAACAUACAAGCUUUGGCGGGCUAAAAGAUACUGUACGUUCUCAUAUUCCUAAUACUACCAACGAUGCUUCUUACAUGUCAAAUGAAUAUAUUCAUUCAAGUUUUUUCGAUGAUGAAAAUUACUUAUCAAUUAUCAAAUGUCUUGAUGGAGGUCAUGAAAUCGCCAAAGAUAGUCUUGAAUAUAUGCAAGAUUAUAACGAACUUCUACAAGAACAUAGUGAUAAUCUUAAUUCAUAUUCAAAAAAAUGGAAAUCAAAAAUAAAACAACAAUCAUCAAUUUCAUCUUAUCAUACAACUAAACUUGCUCAACGUGAAACAGUUUCUACACCUAAACGAUUUGCUGAAGUUUUACAAAAUCAAUAUGAUGCUAUACUUAAAGUUACUACUACAUAUCGUACACAAAUAGAACGAAUGUAUCCAAAUGAACGUCUCGGUACUACCCAUAAACAUCAUCGUACUGAAGCUAUGAAAAAUUUAUUUAAAGAAGCACGUUCUGCAUUAUGUAAAUUAUCAAGUAAACUUGAAACAUUACAUGAACAAGAAAAAAAAGCACAACAUGCACUUCAUGAUGCUAAUGUUCAAUGUGAAAAUCUUAGUUUCGAUCCAACAGCAAGUAAAACAAAAAUUUCAAAUGCAAAAGAUAAUCAAAGUAAACGACAAGAUAAAUUAGAUAAAAUUAAACAAGAAAUUGAACGAACAGAAGAAGAAUAUAAUCACGAAUAUGAAAAUUAUCGUACGCAAGCAAUGGAUAUUUAUGAAAAAUGUCGAAUAUUAGAAAAAGAACGUUUGGAUUUACUUGGAGAUACUUUAAUUAAAUUCAAUGAAGCAGCUUUUUCAUCGAAUUAUUUAGAUGAACAAGAUGAAAUCUAUGAAAAUCUAAUGUUAAAAAUCAAAGUUGAACGAAAUUCUUUGGAAGAUCUUAACUUUUGGGCAAAAACUUAUCAUGUUUAUGAUUCAACAACAUCUCUAUCAUCUGAAACAAAUAACAAUGAAAAUAUCUCAUCUCAAACAACUACUCAAAAAACAAAAAAAUCUCAUAAAAACGAAACUGAAAAUCUGACAACAAAAGAAGAAAACAUACAAGAAUCAGUUGCUGAAGCUCAAGAAGAACAAUCACAAGCAGAUACAACAACCUCAACAAAAACUAAAGUAAAAAAGAACAAAAACAGUUCGAAAACUGAACCAACUACAACAAAUUCUACGGCAUCUAAUCAAGAAUAA